GAGGAGAAGCUACCGAUGCCGUUGCCCUUCCUGUCUGGGCACCCGAGGCGGCCCUCGUCGCCACGGUUGGAUUCGCCCGGAAAUUCUGCUCAGAACGCCCCCUUGGGGAGGUUCAGAGAGUGACGGUAUCGGUACCGCGUAGUUCCCCAGGAUCGGCGUCGAGCCCUCCUGGCGGCGCUCUCGGCGCCGCCCGUGGCUCUCUCCGCGCGCCAGGGAGGGUGGGGUCCAGCGCCGACCCAAGAAUCCCGCGCGGGCCUCCGAAAGUUUGUGUGCUGGCCGCUCUUCCUGCUUCUGGACGUGCAGGAGUCCACCACGGUGGCCAUCUUCAGCAAGGUGUCGGACAUGAAGAGCCGGGGCGAGGUCGUCAACGGCGCCCUCUGCGUCGGCCAGCCCGACUUCCCGCCGCCGCCCGAGGCGAUCCGGGCCACGGCGGACGCUGCCAGCCAGGGCCUCACCAGUUACACGGGCGUGACUGGCACCCUCGAGCUGCGCUCCGCGGUGUGCGAGUACCUCUCGGCCGAGAAGGGCCUCACCUACAAGCCGGACGAGGUGUUGAUCGCGAGCGGCGGCAAGCAGGCCAUCUACCAGGUCGUGGUGGCUCUGUGCCAGGCCGGCGACGAGGUGGUCGUGCCCGCGCCAUACUGGACCUCCUACCCAGACUUAAACAUCGUCCGCUUGUCUGGCGCCUCGCCAGUCAUCUUGACAACCACCGCCAAGCAGGGCUACGCCAUCGAACCAGAAGCGCUGGCGGCCGCCAUCAAGCCUUCGACUCGCAUGCUGAUCGUGUGCAACCCUUCUAACCCGACUGGCUGCGCGAUGUCCAGGGAGCAGUGCGAGGCUGUGGCGGAGGUUCUGCGGCGGCCUGAGAACCAGCACGUUUAUGUGCUGUCCGACGAGAUCUAUGAGCGCAUCACGUUCGAUGGGUUGAAGCACGUUUCUUUCGCUGCCCUUGACGGUAUGUGGGAGCGAACGCUUACUAUCAACGGAUUCUCGAAGGCCGGAUAGCGAUGUCUGAAUCACCACUGCCAUCAUGUGCGGAUGGGCUUAAAGUUCUUGGAACCAUG